GGUGAUUGGCUCAGAAUGAGGGGAGGAGAACGUAGGCCUCAGUGAAGGAGAGUGGAAGGACAGUGCCAGUCCUAGCUUCUCUCUCCACAAUGGCUCUGCCUCUGAGGUCCUUGACUAGGGGCUUGGCCAGCGCUGCCAAGGGAGACCAUGGAGGGGCAGGAGCCGGCACCUGGCGCCUCCUGACCUUCGUGCUGGCGCUCCCCAGCGUGGCCUUGUGCACCCUCAACUGCUGGCUCCACGGGGCCCACCGGGAGCGCCCAGAAUUCAUCCCCUACCACCACCUCCGCAUCCGCACCAAGCCCUUCGCCUGGGGGGAUGGCAACCACACUCUUUUCCACAAUCCCCACGUCAACCCUCUGCCCACGGGCUAUGAACACCCCUGAAGUCCCAGGGGGACAAACCCAAGCACAAUAAACAUGUGAAAGUUU